AUGGUGUUCUCCAUGCGAAGCCUGCCUGGAGACAGUGAUUUGGUUGGUGAAGCCAAGUUUCUGGGGGUUACUUUGGAUCCAAGAUUGCAAUGGGGCCUUCACAUUGACAGUGUUGCUGGAAAGGCCACCAAAGAGAACAAAGGAAGCGAAUCCAGAAAGAUGGUGGACAUAACACGAGAUAAACCAAUAAAAGUUGCCGUCAGGGUUGUCGUGCCUGUCAGAGAUCACCCGAAAGUGGUGGAAGAAACCUAUUGUCUAGUAAUGUAA